GAAAUCAAAUGAUAAAGAAGCAGUGGAGGGGAAAGUGAUGAAACGAUAAGAUGGCUCUGCCGCUUCGUCUCGGAUACACAAUACAACACAGGCGACCAGUUUUGGCUGGUGCCUUUCUUUCUUCUGCUACUAAUGCUUCUGCUUCGAAUCCUGUAUCGAGAGUGAAAAAAUGGAGCAGCGGAAGGGGAACACCUCGUCGCUUAGUAUUGGGUUUUGGUGCCUCAUUUUUGGGUCAGUUUAUGAGCAUGGGAGUGGGAGGUGGACAAUCUUUGUUGGCUUCUGCAAGACAGCCAAAUGCCUAUUCAGUUGAGCAGGUGCUGAAGAAUGUAGAAUGGCCAGAACAAUUUCCAUUCAAGGAGGAGGAUUUCCAGAGAUUUGAUGAGUCGCCAGAUUCUUUGUUCUAUGAGACUCCACGCUUUGUGACACACAUUGAUGAUCCAGCCAUUGCUGCGCUGACUAAGUUCUAUUCCAAGGUCUUUCCUCCCAGUAACACUCCAGGAGUAUGUCUUCUGGAUUUAUGUAGCAGUUGGGUUAGCCAUUUUCCCGCAGGAUACAAACAAGAGAGGAUAGUAGGCAUGGGUAUGAAUGAAGAAGAGCUCAAGAGGAACCCGGUUCUAACAGAGUAUGUUGUACAAGAUUUAAAUAUCAGCCCCAAACUUCCAUUUGAAGACAACUCUUUUAAUGUUAUUACUAAUGUGGUUAGUGUUGAUUAUUUGACCAAGCCAAUUGAUAUUUUCAAGGAGAUGUGUCGGGUUCUUAAGCCUGGAGGUCUAGCCAUAAUGAGCUUUUCAAACCGUUGCUUUUUUACCAAAGCAAUCUCUAUAUGGACAUCAACUGGUGAUACCGAUCAUGUUCUGCUUGUUGGAUCCUAUUUCCAUUAUGCUGGAGGCUUUGAACCUCCUCAGGCAGUGGAUAUAUCUCCAAAUCCUGGUCGUUCAGAUCCAAUGUAUAUUGUGUAUUCUAGAAAAGUUGCUACUGCCUAGGCAUAUAUGCUUAGUGCCUUCACAUAAUAUGGAGAGAACUAGAGAAGUGUUGAGAUAAUGUAGAAAGGGGGGUCUUGGAAAUUGGGUUAUUCAUUCUUUUUUGUUUUCCCUUCUUUUAACUACAUUCAAAUUAUUUCAAUAUUUAGUGAAAUGAUUUUAUUUA